UCUUCGGGCCCGGCCGGCCGCAGGGCGCCCUGGACGUGCGGUGCGCCUCCCGGCAGGGGCCCCACCGCUCCCGCGUGGACCGCCAGACGCAGACGGAUGGCCCUGGAUCCAGUUAAAGACCCAGAGCUCAUACUCCUGGGACAGAGGGCACCCGGCCUCCCGAGGAGGGAGCCAGGAAAUAAGACGGCUCAUGUAGGUUCACGUUCGGGCUGGGAAGACCCACCAUGAAGAAGGUCAAGAAGAAAAAGGCCACCGCCAGGCGGCGCCGAGACUCCACCUCUCCACAAGCCAGCUCCGACUCCUCGCAGCAGCCCAGCUCCGAAGCUGCCCAGCCUUGCCCUGAACCCAUCCUACCGCAACCCUGCCCACAACAGUCUCACCUCGAGGGCAGCCCUCAGAUGUCCAGACCUGAGCCCCCCCCUCCAGAGCCCACGCCCCAAGCUCUCCCAGCUCCUGAACCCCGUCUCUCUACGCGGUGCCUAUUAAGUUCAAAGGCCGAUCCUUCAGCAGUUCCACCAUUCUGGAAAGCAGGACCUCUGGCCUAUACGGGCCUGCGCUCGUGCUCCUGCUCCGCCUGCCCGGGCAGCUCGGCUUGCUGGCGUCGCCUGGGGCUGUGCCACAGCCGCAUCUUCGAUGUCCUUCUGCCGCGGGACUGCCAGGCCAUGUCAGAGAGCGGAUUCCCAAACCUGCUCACCUUCUACAGAAGACCUUCAGGAAAAUCCGCUGGACGCAACUCACGUGCUGCAAACCCUUGGGACUGUUGCUGUGGCACUUGGGGUCCUGGGAGCUGCCUACUACAUCACUGAAUCCUAAUGGACACCCCAGGCCCAGGUCUGGCAGUCCCAUCCGUCCUCGAUGGCAUGGUCCACCCCUACCCCCACCCCACCCCAGCUCCAGCGAUGUCUUCCACCUUCUCCAUCAUUCUCCAGUCUGUUCCAUGCUGUGCUGCGGAUGAUCAUUGAUCCAGUUUCCAUCUGAGGAUCACGCUUGUCACCAGAAUAAAGCAAAG